UAGUCUCUAUAGUGUCUGCAUGAUAUGCAAUGCAAAUCAUUUAGCUAGCUAGCUGGAUACUACCUGCAAUAGCAACCAUGUCUGAUGACAAAGCUCCCCUCAAGCACAGCUCCGGUGCAAUCCCCAACAAAGCAGUUGACUAUGAGGCCAUUUUUCAGAGACACGACUCUAGCAACCGGAAGAUAGAGUUUGCUCAAGAAACUAUCAUUGGAGAGUGCCGCAACCCGAGGCGAAUCUCUUGGGUAGAGUGGGUGUUUAUGGUGGUGGCCUCUCUCUCGCUCCUAGCUGUGCUGGGGGUCACCAUAGAGAGACUCGUUUACUUUGAGGCUAACUUUAUCAAUCUCACCUAUAUAAAUGACUCCUCCAUGGAGCAGCAGCCUGUUCAGUGCAAGUCAUGGGUAUGCACUAACGACUCUAUCUAUGCCAUCAUGGUCCUGGUCAACAUAGGGUUUUGCAUAUUUUAUUGCUUUGACGGUUUGCUUCGUGAGCGACCAUUUGAGAUUUUAGCGUAUGUGGCUGCAUCCAUUGUCAUCAUAGUCUACAUCAUUGCCAACUUUAUUGCAACUGGCUGGGAGGAACAACCCUUGAGAACUGUCAGAGUUGUAUUGAUCUGCGUACUUGGGCCGUUGAACAUAUUCCUUGCUCUGUGGAGCUGGUGGAAAAUGGGCUACCUAGUUUUGAACGUCAUCGGGUCCAACACUACCCUCAUAAGGGCUUAUAGAAUCAGGUCCUUCUUUCAGACUCUACAAUUGUUUCACCUAGAACUUCUAUGCAGCAUAUGUGUCCUUGCCUGGGCUCAGGAUGGAAAUCUUCUGGACAAAUGGGAGAAGGUGGUCCUCCCAUUACUCCUUGUCUAUACCUUCUGUGUCUCUCUACUGGGAGCCAUCACUAUUUUGUGGGAGAUUAAGUUGCUGUCAUAUAUUUGGUAUCCACUAAUUUCUCCUUGUGGAGUUUACUAUCUCUAUAAACUGAUCAAGGUCAGCCUCAACUUUGGUGGGAAAUACAAUACUAUAUACGAUGAGUACAGACGUGACCUUUUCCCAGCUGUGGUGGACACCAAGUACAUCGGAGUCGUGCUUCUGUUAGCAUGUGCCUCUGGAUUGGUGAUGCUGGCUAUACUGGUGCUCUUCAUGACCCUGUCUCUCGUUAACUUUACGAAAGGUCUUAAAGACAAAAUUCACCCUCCAAUGCAUAAGUGGUUGCCACGGCGAGUACCAUUAAGUGAUGAACUAAUGAACACUUGACUCUUGUGCUUGACUUUUUGUCUAAAUCUAUAAUUAUAAAACACGAAAUUUAGUGCCUCGAAAAUCGGUUUAUACAUGUAUUA